AUGUGGAUACUGUAUUGUUCUUUCUGUUCCAUCUGUCUGGAUGUGUUCACUGAUCCGGUCAGUAUACCAUGUGGACACAACUUCUGCAAAAACUGCAUCACUCAGUACUGGGACAUGAAUCAGAGGUGUCAGUGUCCCAUGUGUAAAAAAAUGUUCAAGACAAGACCUGAACUCCAUGUCAACACCUUCAUCUCUGAGGUGGUCGCUCAGUUCAGACGUGAAGUUCAGCAGAAAGCCAGCAGCAGCAGCUCAGAGCAACAAGCUGCCAAACCAGGAGAAGUUCCCUGUGACAUCUGCACUGGAACCAGACUGAAGGCACUGAAGUCCUGCCUGGUGUGUCAGGAGUCCUACUGUCAGACUCACCUGGAGCCUCAUCUGACAAAGAAAGGCCUCAAAAGACAUCAGCUGAUUGAGGCUGUGGAGAACCUGGAGGGCAGGAUGUGUAAGAAGCACGAUAAACCUCUGGAGCUGUUCUGUAAGAACGACCAGACAUGUGUCUGCGUGCUCUGCUCUGUUUUAGACCACAAGAACCAUGAGUUUGUUCCUCUGAGAGAAGAAUAUGAAGGAAAGAAGGCAGAGCUGGAGAAGACAGAGGCUGAAAUUCAGCAGAUGAUCCAGAAGAGACGACUGAAGAUUCAGCAGGUCAAAGAGUCAGUGAAGAUGAGUAAAUGUGCUGCAGACAGACAGAAAGCAGAAGGUGUUCAGGUCUUCACUGCUCUGAAGGAGUCUGUUGAUAGAGGCCUGAAGGAGCUCAUAAAGGAGAUUGAAGACAAACAGGAAACUACAGAGAAACAGGCUGAAGGUCUCAUCAAAGAUCUGGAACAGGAAAUCUCUGAGCUGAAGAAGAGAAGCUCUGAGGUGGAGCAGCUGUCACACUUUGAAGACCACCUCCACCUCCUCCAAAGCUUCUCGUCUCUGAAAGCUGCUCAACCCACCAAGGACUGGACAGAGGUCAGCAUCCGUCCACCAUCAUAUGAGGGGACUGUGGUGAGAGCUGUGGAUCAGCUGGAGGAGACACUCAGGAAACUCAUGAAGAAGAAGCUGCCUGAGGCUGAGCUGAAGAAGGUCCAGCAGUAUGCAGUGGAUGUGACUCUGGAUCCUGAUACAGCAAAUCCUUAUCUCAUCCUGUCUGAUGAUGGAAAACAAGUGUAUCAUAGUGAUGUGAAGAAGAAACUUCCUGACAACCCAAAGAGAUUUACACGUUAUUGUAAUAUUUUAGGAAAGCAAAGUUUCUCUUCAGGCAGAUUUUACUUUGAGGUUCAGGUUAAAGGAAAGACAAAAUGGGAUUUAGGAGUGGCCAGAGAGUCAAUCAACAGGAGGGGAAAAAUCCCACUGUCUCCUCAGAAUGGUUUCUGGACUGUGUGGCUGAGAAAUGGAAAUGAGUACAACACAUUAGAUGACACUGAAGUCCCCCUCUGUCUUCAGCCUGGUCCUGAGAAGGUGGGGGUGUUUGUGGAUUAUGAGGAGGGUCUGGUCUCCUUUUAUGAUGUAGGUGCUGCAGCUCUUAUUUACUCCUUUACUGGCUGCUCCUUCACUCACAAACUCCACCCAUACUUCAGUCCCUGUAGCAAUGAUGGUGGUAAAAAUUCUGCACCUCUGAUCAUCUGUCCUGUCAAUCAAACUGAGUCGAUAAACAAAUCUUGUUUGAUGAACUGAUUGAUUUUUAUUGAAGGGAACAAAUGAACAUAUUCAGUGUAAAUACUCUACAGUCUCCAUGUUUUCUACAGAAUAUUAUUAUCGGGAACUCUCAUUCACACUUUGAUUUGAUUCUCAUGGUUUUAAAAGUUUAAUUGAGACUCGAGCUGCCAGACAGGAGGAAAAGAGGACCUGAAAGGAGGUUCAUGGAUGUAAUGAAGGAGCACAUGCAGAGCCUUGGUGUGUCAGUUUAAAGUUUGUCAAUCUGAUUGUAACUGGCUUUUGUUGCGCUUCACUUGCUUUCUCUCCAUAUAACACCACUUAAAUGUAGCUGACCACAGCCGCAGCGUCCACUCAGUUAUACGGCGAUGGCGCCCUCUAGUGGUCACGGCAGAGUUCAUCGGCACAAAAUGAGACGUUUGAGU